AGAGUUCAAAUGCUAAUUUAAGCCGGCUAUUUUAAGUAUUAAAAAAAUUGAAUUAUUAAGAUAUUAAGUAAUUUACCAACGAUUUGAUUCAUAUCAUAAUUUCUGGUGGCCGAUCCGAUUCAUAGUCGAUUUUGGUUCAUUUUGAACGAUUUGAUUCACUGACCUACAAUCAAUCCAGGAAGUCUACAGCCAAAAAUGUGACCAUUGUAACUCACAUAUAAAUACCUGGGUACUGAACAGGUGAAGUUUUCCAACUAUAUGUUAAAAAAAAACAAGUAAACAAGAACUAACGGCAAAUUCGUUCACAUUUUAGUUUUUUUGAUACAGUUCAGCUCACUGUUGUUUUUCAACUAAAAAAACAAAACAAAAAAAAUUGAUGAUUAUUAUUCUUUGUUUCUCUGAGUGCUCCCUAUGAAUGUAUUUAUUAGCUUGGUGAUGAGUAAAUUAAUUGAACAUGAUACUCUACUGUAUGGUCUUGUCUUUGCAAGAUUCUGUAUUUCCCCUCAUUGGGCUGUAAUGAUGGCUUGAUCACUUUUUGCUGCCAUCAGAUGUAUGUUGUCCGGUGUGAUGACACUUUUUGAGCUAUAGUAGAAUAAAUCUACCAUGUCUCAAUCCAAAUGGUAUUUUAUCCAUUAUAGAUUUAUCUCAUUGUGAAACCUUUUUUUUAUUUAUUAUUAUUAUUUUUUUAAAUGAUUAAUAUCAUGCGUCAGGCAGAAUUAUCUGCUUGGAUUGUAUAAGAAAAUAAACUGAUUCAUCGAUUAAUUGAUUGAUUGUUACACCCCUAAUUAUUUAUUUUCGAUAUACUACAGUGCGUGAUUUAGGUAAUGAUUCUAUAAUAAUUGAGUGAGAAUAUAUAUAUUAGAAUAUUAUUUUAUCAAUUUUCUUUUUCUUUUAUUGAAGAACCGAUACAUUGAUGUAAUAAAGCACAUUUUUUAAAAUCACUAACUAAAAAAAAAAAAAUAAAAUAAAAAAAAAAAAAGAAAGAAAAGAAAGAAGGAAAGAAAAAGAAUGCCUUACCCUAUGGUCCUACCAUGUGCUCUGUCUGUUUACCAGCAGGGAUUUGUGGGAAGUGGUUGUCACGGUAACCGUCGUAAACAAUGAAGCUGUCCUCUUCCUCCCUUUUCUGACUGUCGGCUCUGCAGCAGCAAAGCGGUGAGCGAUGGCAGCAUUCAUUUGCAACGAGGACCACUAUUAUAAAAAGGUUACACAAAUUCAGCAACACAUCUAUGAAAGAGAGAAACGGAGACUGCAGCUGGAGAGGGAACUCUUUGUGUAUUCGAGAUCAGACAAAAGACUCUCACAGAUAAACAGUUCCAAACUGCGCAGUUAUCUCAAAGAAAUCACUGACAGAGAAGUACGAGCGAAAAUGAGAAACCUUGAGCUUCAGAGAGCUGUGGAGUGCAUAGAAAUUAGCAUGAGGGACUAUCAAGCUGAAUGUGUCUCCCUGCAACAACAAAAGGGAGACUUUUUGAAAAAGAUUUCAAAAUAUAUAGAAGCAAAACAGAAACCGGCACCUGGGCACAAAGCAUCAAAGAAUCAAGCCGUGCAUAUCCAGAAUCCGGAAAGCCACAUCUCACAUCCAGGCAGGCAUUUUCCUCAAUCAACAGUGGAAACUUUUACGGACCAAAAAAUCUCCCGAGAGUCUGACGGUGAAACAGUCGGCACAAGUGUUCACUCACACCGAGCGUUUCUUCGUUCACCCAAUCGCAGCGUGCACUCUCACGGACGCACACCAAGUGGCCUUUUGAAGGACUCCGGAGUUGGCGGAAAGGAUGGUGCCAGCAAGCAAACACAUUUAUCAGAUGACAUUUCAGGCUCAAACGGUUCCCUUGAUGGCUGUAAUUGGAGUAACAAACAUGAAAGAACGGUGGGGCUGCUCCCAUCUGUUCGUGCCUUAACAGGCGCAGCUGGUAGCGUGGCUUCUGGAAGUGAUGAUGAACAGGAAGCUUCACCUUUCGUGACCUUGACGGGGUCGGAGAAGAAUCCAUCUCCCAGCAACGAUACCUCUACGAGGCCUAAGCAUCCCCCUGCAGAAAGCACUGACUCCCAAGAGGCUGUUCAUGAACCACUCAUAAUGGGAGAGCAACAGAGAGGUCUUGGUCAUUUGAUGCCUGAAACCACUUUGGAAAAAGAAGCUCAAGAGAGACCAGGUACACGUGAAAGUGUCAGUGCAUCCAGCUCUGAUGUGCAGUUAUCAGAAAGCAGUGCUAGUGACCUGACAAUAUCUCUGACACAAUCGGAGCUUGAAGAUGAUGUUCCAGAAGAGGCAGAACUUGAAAGGGAGUCUUCAUUUGAGGGAAGGGAUCAUCACAAAGGGAAUUGUCUUCAAACAUCCCUCAAUUCUAACGGAUCUAAUAACACAUCCCAGGUGGACAGUGAAUCUCCAGGACCAGCAGUGACCUCAGAAGGUCUCUCCUUAGAGGGACUCUUUAAUUUGCUGGACAGCAUCGAAGGACGGCUCCACGGUGAAAAGACCUGUGUCUACAGGCAUUCUGCAACUGAUGGAAGACAGCUAGAUAAAAUGAUCAGCCUUUGUGACGAUGGAGCAGGCUUGAAUGAUGAGGACCUUGAAGCAUGUGGAGCACUCGUCCUUCGUGAGCUUCAGAGGUUGUCAUGGAGCACAGAGAAGGGCUGCCUGCUUCCACAGGAUGUUGUGAGCGCACAUCAGUCCAGCACUGAGCCUAAUGAAAUAAGUGCCAGCCUCCCGCCUAAUGCUGCUCGACUGUGGGACCGCUGGUUCAAGCACGCCCUUGUGCUCAAGGAGCAUCGCGUCCUCGGCACUGAGCGCCUGGUCCAUCUGUUCACGCCGCUGCUGCUGAAGCGUCAUGCCACCUACAGCCAGCAGGCCAAAGUGUUGCUGAGGACACUUCUCUCCCGGUCCAAUGAGAAGAGACCCUCACCAGACGAUGAGAGUGACUUAUCUUCUUUGUGCAGUCCUUCUUCAGCUGUGGCCGACAGAAAUAGGGAGCCUGUCGGAUCAAAACAGAAGCGGCAAAUCCGAGGUAACACAAAAAAACUACAAAGAACUGAAGAGGACAGCCCGGACGAAAGCUCUGUGGAAAGUGGUCCUAUUAGAGAGUCAAAAGCAUAUCAGUCACUUAAACAAUCAGCCAUGCAGGAGGGGCUGUUGCAGCAGGAGGAGGAGGACGAGGAGGAGGAGGACGUGGAGGCGGGGGACUUUUCAGGAAUAAAUCAGGGCCAUGAAGAGGACCUGGGGAGGGCCAAACGCUCCUCACAUCAAGACCCUUACCCUCGAAGAGGAAACUCAAAGGCCCCACAAUCAAAAGGUUUCUGGCUGGAGUCGGAUGACAGCGACUCAGACAUUGAAGCAGUCUUGCGUCCUCAAUACUGACCGCCUUCAUGACUGACCUCUCCCGUGAGACUCUUCAAGCAUUAUAUAACUGCACAUCUAGAGAUCAGAUGGACUCUUGGGAAUUCACCUCAUCAACAUCCUUUCAGUGGCCUGCAUUGUCAACCGUAUACGCACCAUAUUGUAAAAACAAAUAAUAAAGUUGACAGCUCUCACUCUGGGUAAAGUAUGUGAAGAGUUGUCCAACGCACUGAUGUUAA